ACGGCCGGGGCGAAAGUGUGUGAAGUGUAGGCUGUGGAGUGUAGUCUUUUGGUGUUUAUAGUCUAAUAAUCUUACGAUAGGUGACAUACAAGAAUACGAAAGAAAAAUAAAUUCAUUUUUAAUCGUUUCGUGAUUUUCGUUUUUGUUUGUGUGGUCAUAGUGUGUCUGUGUGUGUGAAGUGAAGAUGGCUGCCACUGCAGGGGAAGAUGAUAUCCAAGACCAAGACAACAACUCAAGUGACAGUGUUAAAGUGACAACAAAAAAAGUAGAGCAACAAGAUACUCCUGGGGAAUCGUCGUCCAAUGGAGCUAUGUCGUCAUCACUGGGAGGGUCAAACAUUCUCAGGCCGUCUGUCUUCUCUGCUGCAAACCAUUCGUCAGCGUUCGGAGCGACUCCUACAUUUGGCAGCUCUCCGCAGAAAAACCCAUUUAGUCUGAGACCAAGCGUCUUUAGUGCAAUCGGCAGCUCUGAUAAAGACCCAGGAUCCAAAAAACCAGUCGUAUUGAAAGCUUCACAACUGGAGUCAGCGACGGGUCCCUCGGUCAGCAGCAACACAACUGACAGCACAAAUAGUUCGUUUUCUUUAAGCCCGGCCAAACUGAAUAACCCUUUCUUCAAAGCAACAGACGACGGUGACACAGUGAGCAGUUCUCUAUCAAGUACACCUGCCAAUAAUGAGGAUUCCUCUAAACCUGCAGUCAAGGUUGAUAGUUCAUCUUCAAAUAGCUUACCUGAUGUGAAGGUGUCGUUCGUUCCUCUGGCAGGCACAACUCCGCGGGUCGUGGGUCAAACUGCCGCUACCUCGUCUGUCCCCAGCUUCGUCUUUGGCCAGAAUCUUCACGAGAGAGUUGAGACUCAUCGAGACAGUGAAACUAGUGAUGGGAUGGUCAGUGAUGCAAACUCCUGUGACAGUGAGGUUUCAAAAACAAACGGAACUUCAGAAAUGCUCUUUACAUCUGUGAUUCAACGAGAACUACCUGAAAAGCAAUCCGAAGUAGGCAGUGAUGAAAAGAAACGGAAAAGUCUCAGUGAAGCGGCACGAGAGUAUGAAGAAUCAAGGGCUGUGAAAAGGAAAUAUGAAGAAGUUGCUGUGAAAACAGGAGAAGAGGAGGAAAUUAAUAUAUUACAGAUAAACUGCAAAUUGUUUGCAUUCAACAAGGACAAGUCAACGUGGGUGGAACGAGGGAGGGGGACACUAAGGUUGAACGACCUGUCUGUAGACAACAAAACACAGUCUCGGGUGGUAAUGCGGGUAUCUGGCAGUCUGAGAGUAGUACUCAAUACUAAGAUAUGGGCAGAAAUGGCUGUGGGUCGACCUAGUGAAAAAAGUGUAAGACUAACUGCGAUGGAUAGCAGCGGGGAAAUCAAGGUGUUUCUUGUCAUGGCGUCAGUCAAGGAAAUCGACCAGUUGUUCAAAGCCCUGGAGUGGAGGGUAAACAACCAAAAGAAAUUAGUGUCUGCUAGUGACAAGACUUCAGAGACUAACGAGAGUUAAUUAUUUGUUCAUACGUUUAUGUUGGUAAGCCGACAUUGUGCCCUACUAAGGACUCUGUUAGCCAUAUUCUCUUGGCAAAUACUUACUUGGUAUUAGUGACGAAAUUCCCUGUAAUAUAAAUUAUUUUUAUGGUCAUAACAGUGGAUGAUUUUUUUGCCAUUGUUUGAUAUAUUUUAUAUUUUUCAUUAAAUUAGGUGUAAAAUAUUAGUAUUUAUUUUAAGUUGUACAUUUGAUUAUGUGAUUUGAUCAAGUUUCCAUUUUGAAUUGAACACUGUACUAGUAAUAAUAGGAAUAAACCAAUUUAAAUCAUUCAUAAGUGUGAUAUCAACUAUUUAAGUUCCUGCUAUCCAACAGGUCCUAGUUUCCAAUCUGCAUUUGUUGUAAACAAAUAUAACAAAUAGUUGGAGAAAAAGCUAAGUCUAACGGUUGUUUCCUAACUGAAAGGUAGGAGUGUUUUGUUUGCUCUAAGUAACCAAAGGGAUGAACCUAUUGGCAUUUUAUAAUUGUAUAUAAAUCAAUGUAAAUUUUUUAGGUUACCAUAUCUUGUUUUGUGUGUUUAAAGGGUGUAAAGACACGAGGAGAUACAUUUUGUAAUUCAUACAGCAAAGAGGUUGUACACUUUGUUUUGAGUUGUUACUAGGUGGCAUCCCCAUCUCGAUUGCUAAAGACUAGAUACUAAAUUUUUUUCAAAAUCAUUCAGGCCGUAUUUUUGUAAAUCCAAUUUCAGUAGGCUUAUUAUAGAAACAAUUUAUCAUCAUUAUUAGGUACCAUACUAAUUACCUGUCAUAAAAUUAGUACAUAAAAUGGUUUUUUGAUCAAUACUUUAUAUACACAUUAAUUUAGUACUUGAUUUAUAAAAAUUGAGGUGCACUGAAAUAAAACCUACAAAGAGCA